GUUUAACUUGUGAAAACUGUGACUGAAGUUUAAAGUUUUAAACUUUUUUUUUGAUACUGUCGGUCUGUAAAAAUGUAUAUCGUAUCAAAUUUUGUGAAAGUUACUGUACCAAACUAUUUAGCUGGACUACCUAUACCAGAUUCAUUUGGCGGAUGGUUCCGUUUAGGAGUAAAAGAUUGGCUUGCUUUGAUUCCACCUACAAUUGUGAUUGGUGGCAUAAGUUAUUACUCCUAUCAAACUAUAAAGCAAGCAAGAGCCAUGGGACGAAUCAACCCAAUGAUAAGAUUACAUGAGAAAAAAGUUGUAGACUUUAUUGAAAUUGAGGAUAUUGGUGAAAAAAUGUCAUUAUGCAGAUGCUGGAAGAGUAAAAAAUGGCCCCUCUGUGAUGGUGCUCAUGGCCCUCACAACCGUGCUACUGGAGACAACACUGGUCCUGUCGUUAUCCGCAGAGUUAAACCAGAGGAAAGCAAGUAAUUUUGUAUUGAUACAAGCAUAGCUUGUAUUGAUACAAAACCUUUUAAUGCAGGGUGAUAUGUAAUGUGAUUACUUAAUAUACAUAUAAUGUAUGUUACUUAGUAAAAAUUUGUUACCAUU